AUGGCUGCAAACAACAGUGCUCUUCGGAUUACAAAGAUUUCUCCAGCCUACUGGCGCGCAACGCUCAGCAACCCGCCGCUCAAUAUAUUCGGUCCGCACCUGUAUGCCGGCCUCCGGCUGUUGCUCGACGAUCUCGAAAAGGAUCAGCAAGUGCGCGUGAUUGUCUUUGACAGCGACGUAGCCGAGUAUUUUUGCGCGCACUACGACAUGGCUUGGCCAAAGGAAGGAGUCGACAUCCCGGGCUAUGCGCCGGUAAGGGGUGAUUGGCCGACCUUCGUGCACCUGCUCAGCAACCUGGGCGUCGUCAGCAUUGCCUCGAUCCGCGGGCGCGUGCGCGGCAUCGGCAGCGAGUUCAUUCUGGCGUGCGACAUGCGCUUCGCAAGCCGCGAGAAGGCCAUCUUGGGCCAGCCCGAGGUCGGCGCGGGCGUCGCGCCCGGCGGCGGAGGGCUGGAGUGGCUGCCCCCUCUGUGCGGCCGGUCUCGCACGCUGGAAAUUGUGCUGGGCAGCGACGACUUCGACGCCCCCACGGCCGAACUGUACGGGUGGAUUAACCGCGCGCUCCCUGACGCCGACCUGGACAGGUUCGUCGACACCUUUGCGCGCCGGGUCGCAGGCUUCGACAAAUUCCCCCUCGUCAAUGUCAAGAGGAUUGUGAACCAGCGCGCUGGCGUGGCCAAUUUUGCCGACCUGCACGAGUCGCAGCUCCUCUUUGCGCGCUGCGUCGAGACCCCCGAGACCCAACGCCGAGUCAGGAACCUCUUCGCAGCCGGAUUGCAGCAAAACGGGGACACGGAGCGGAAUCUCGGACGUGCCCUGGCACAGCUCACCUCGGAUUAA